AUGGACUGGACUACAGAUAAUCAAAUACAAUUGGAGGAUUAUGUCAAAACGUAUCUUGGCCAACUAACAGAUAUUUCUAAAUUUUUUACCAAUAUGGAUUUGGAGAAAGUGAUCAAAACAACACACUUCAACGAUGUUGAGCUUAUUAAGUUGAAAAUUGACGAAUUAUUUGACCACAUGGUAAUGGAUAAUGACUUACAUCUUUCAAAAUUUGUCUCACGAUGGGGCAACAAGGAUUCGCCUUUGUUUAGGGAAGUAUCAAAAAUGAUUAAUUCCGUUGGACUUGUACCUUUCAGGGAGGCAGUACAAGAGACCUCUGCAAAUGUGGAAACUCAACUGCCUACUCCAGGAGUUGAGGCUAGACCGAAAGCCUAUGACAUGCCCAAGUUAACCAAGAAUCAGAGACGACUAUCGCUUGAAUUGAUGCAAUCUAAACCUAAAUCCCCUACUACAGGCAACGAAGGACAAUUGGCUACCACAGCCGCUACAAGUAUAACCAACCUAAAUGUAAUGACUAGGUCUAAACCUGUUUUAGACCGUACAUUCAAUGGUGUGCGAGCUUCAACAACGAAACCGGAGUUGAGAAACAGGCGUACAUCAAUUGUUGGAGAACAGCUCCCCAAGUAUAUACGUGAGCAAUUAAAUCAAGAACAGCCUGUUCAAAAGAUCACGCCGAAGACGUCAGUUCGAAAAUUACUACAGAAUAAUCUACCGACAAUUUCUGACACACGAGAGGUUUCGCGCAAGCCAUCCAGGUUACAAAACUUAGUCACUACUUCUCAGUCCUUAUAUGCACAUUCUAACGACGUGAAUUCCACUACAAACACAUCUGAAGUAGAGAAUCAACUACGGUAUGAUACAGAUGAUGAUGAUGAUAGAGAAUAUAUUCUGCCAGGUCUGUUGGCGAAAUAUUAUGGUGUCCAAUUCGAAGACGGAAGUGAUGUUGACUAUGACGAUGACGAAGAGGAUGUAGAUUUUGUCAAUGUUGGAGGGAGCAUAUCAAAUGAUGACGAAAAUGAUUAUCUAUUUAAAGUCUAA